AUGUUCCUUUUUUCGCUAGCUAAACCAGUUUCAUCAAAUUGCAAUCCGUGCAAUAACAAUCAACAAUUUCGAGUUUUGCCAAGAAGUGCUUCACAAUUUUAUAAUCCUUAUCAAGUUCAAAAUCAGAACAACAAUAAUAAUGGAGGAUUUUUCAAUAUUUAUGGACAAGAUGCUGCUGCAUUUGGAUCGGCUAUUGGAAAAUCAAUAGCUCAACGGAUACAACAGGUGAUUAAUUAUCAGGGAAAACGUUUUCAGAAGGAAAAAAAGCAACGUGGUAUUUUGAAAAACUGUAAUUCAAAGAAUUUUGAAAUAUUUUAGCUUGACACGUGAAAAACUCACUUGUUUAAAUGAAAAAAAUAUUUUAAUUCGUUUUUUUUCAAUUGCCACGUGGCAGUUAACAAAUUAAAAUUAAAAUCCCCACGUAGCAACUCAUGUUUUUCUAACUAAAAACCAAGGGUUGCAAUUUCAAUAGUUUCCAAGAGCCACGUGGAAUUGCCCUAUAUCUUUCAUCAAAAUGUUCAGGUUUUCCGCGAUCUCCCAGAUUUCUCAACCACAGCUUCUGCCAACACCAUUGGAUCUACAAUUGGUUCGACAAUUGGCUCAACAUAUUCCACAUCUCAACAACCAACUACAACCUACAGUACCCAACCGAGCUCUUCAUUUCAACCCACAACUUCCGCUCGAGUUCCCACCAAAGCCUAUACUCAUCCACCAGAAGAUCUACCUACAGUAACCCAAGCUCUUCAACAACAACAACAACAAAGACAACCACAGUACACUUUUGGAUCAUUGGCACAAAUGCCAGGAUUAUUGCCAAUGUACAAUAAUUAUCAACAAAUACAGUACCCUGGAGGAUACGGUAGCCGAGUUGGAGGAUUUAAUAGAAUGAGAAGAGAUGAAACUGAUAAAAAAGAAGAAGAAGAAGAAGAAAACAAAAAGGAAAAGAAGGAGGAAAAAGUACUGUAAUUAUAAGUAUAUAAUUUUCAAAAAAUGUACACAAUAAAUUAUUUUGAUUGAUGAAAUUAAUUGAGAGCGGAUAAAAAUCCACGUGGCAAUUCGAAAAUUCCGAAACUUUUUCUAUUCUUUCAGUUAUCUUCUUUUCGCUAGGUUAAACAAAUAUUUGUUGUUAUAACAGAAAAAAUACCAACUCAUUAGCGUUCCCUUUUUUUUCCUACUUCUUUAUUUUUUCGACCAUCUAAGUAUUUCUAGCACCAUUUUUGGUGCAAAAAAAGGCGAAUGUGAUAAUUGCGCAACCUUUUCUUCUCAUUCAUUUGGCGUGCCAAAACAAAAUAUUUUUCGAAACAUAUUUUUCGCUGUAAAAUGAUGAAUUGUUUUUCCUUUUCCUCCACCAAAAUUUAAUAUGAGAAAAUAUUUUUGGGGAUAAAAUCAAAUCGGAACACUUUCUGAUUGAUUUUGAUAAAGAAGAUAUAGUAAUAAUAUAAAGGUCAUCGCUUUGUACUAUUUUCUGUUCGAUUGAAAAAAAAUUGUAAUAUUUUUGACUUUUUCCUUUUUUCAAAACAAUUUUAUAUACAAAUUUUGAGCAAAAAAUUCAAAUUUUCCUACAGUACUCAUGUUUAUAUGAACUAGUACAAACUUAAUAACCUUAUGUCCGCUCCAUAUUUGACUAUCACUUUUUCUCUGCGUCUCUACAUCUGCCACACUCUUUCUUUCAAGAGCAUAAGUUUAUGAUAUUUGCGCAAGAUAAACCUGUAUUGGAGGUCAUUCUACAUUACUUUUUCACUGAUUCUGCACCAUUGUCUACUCCUAAUUUUCGGCAUAACUUAAUCAGUUUUUUUUCAGAAACCCUCUAAUAUAGAGAAAAAAAUGCGCCAUGUUUGGCGCUUUUUUCUAGGCUUAAGCCUGGGUCUCAUUAUAGUACCACUAAAAGUCUAUGGAUCAGACGAAGAUGACUCUUCGAUAUGGGAAAACUAUCAGACUUCAUCGAAUUAUCAGGAAUUUAUUAGCACUGAAACCGAAAGAGGAUUAUUCCCAAAUAUUUUCAAUCUGGCCACAAAUUCAUUAAUCACAGCAAGUUCAACGUGCGGAGAAUUUCGAACCGAGGAAUAUUGUAAAUUGGUUGAGCAUGUGUUGUUGCGAAAAACGAGUAAUACACAGUAAGUUGGGCGGAAAUCAAGUUAGGGUAUUUUUUUUUUAAAAAAUCCAAGUGGAUGUGUGGAAUUUUCGAAAAACAUUUAAAGAACCAUAUUUCUGAAAAUUCUGAAAACUUCGCGUAGAACGAAUCUCGAAAGGAGUAAAUACGGCUUUGAAAGUUGAAACUUCAAAAUUUCCACGUGGAUUUCGAGAAAUUUUUUUUGAAUUUUAAAAGCAUAACAAAUUUUGUGAAAUGGUAGAUUUUAAUUUCGUAUAAUUUCUAGAUCUCCACAAUGUGACAUCUGCGAUGCAAACAAUGUUCAUAAACGUCAUCCGAUUGAAUACGCAAUCGAUGGAACACGUCGUUGGUGGCAAUCACCAUCUCUUUCAAAUGGUCUCGAAUUCGAAAAAGUCAACAUUACAAUCGAUCUUCGACAAGAAUAUCAAGUCGCUUAUAUUAUUAUCAAAAUGGGAAAUGCUCCACGGCCUGGAACUUGGGUUCUCGAAAAAUCACUUGAUGGUGAAAAUUACGAACCUUGGCAAUAUUUUGCUAUGCAAGAUGCUGAAUGUAUGAGACAAUUCGGAAUAGCGGCAACUACUGGAGUUCCGAGAUUCAAGAGUGAUGUUGAAGUGCAUUGCACUUCUGAAUAUUCAAAGAUUACACCAUUGGAGAAUGGAGAAAUUCACACUUCUUUGGUUAAUGGAAGACCUGGUGCAGAAAAGCCAAGUUUAGAGUUGCAAAAAUUCACAAGAGCUAGAUUUGUUAGACUAAGACUUAUAAGCCCAAGAACUUUGAAUGCUGAUUUGAUGAUUAUUAACAGAAAGAGUCAGAAAGUUGAUAAAUCAGUGACAAUGAGAUAUUUCUAUUCAAUUAGUGAUAUUUCAAUUGGAGGACAGUGUAUAUGUUACGGUCAUGCAGAAAGUUGUCCAUCUGAUCCAGUUACAGGAGUAAGUUCAUAAUGUUCAUAUUAUAUUUUCACUCUAAAUCCUAAACUUUUUUCAGCAAUUUAAAUGUGAAUGUCGUCACAAUACUUGUGGCGAAUCGUGUAAUAGAUGUUGCCCACUUUUCAAUCAACUUUUGUGGAAACCUGGUACCAACUCGCAUCCAAAUGUUUGUCAACAAUGUCAAUGCUUUGAUCAUUCUGAUAGUUGUGUUUAUGACGAAGAACUUGAUCGUAAUAAAUGGUCAAUUACACCAGAAGGUGUUUACGAAGGUGGAGGUCGUUGUAUUGAUUGUCAACACAAUACCGAAGGUUAUAAUUGUGAAAGAUGUAAGGAAGGAUAUUAUAGACCAUCGGGAAUGUCACACUAUCGUGAAGAUGCUUGUCGAACUUGUGAUUGUGAUCCAAUUGGAUCAGUAAGUGAUGCUUGUGUUCGAGAUGAUCAAAGUGCUUCAAACGGACAACAACAACCAGGAGAUUGUGUUUGUAAACCAGGAUUUGGUGGAAGAAGAUGUGACAGAUGUGCAAGAGGUUAUCGCAAUCAUCCAACUUGUGAGCCUUGUCCUUGCAAUCAGGCUGGAAGUGUUAACUUCGACACUUGCGAUGGAGCAAGUUGUCAAUGUAAAGCAAAUGUAGAAGGUAUUUAUUGUGAUCGGUGUAAAGCUGGAACAAUUCAUCUAUCCGAACAGAAUCCUUUGGGUUGUCAAAGUUGCUUCUGUUUUGGUCUUUCUAAUAAUUGUAGUCAAUUCGAAUGGACAACUUCGCAAAUUACUGAUAAUAUUGGAUGGAACUUAACUGAUUUAAGUGGUGGUAAAGACAUCAAACCAGAUGUUGAAAAUGGGGAAGUUCUGAUGUUCAAUGCAAACCAAAAUCAAGAUCGUAGUUUGUAUUACUGGAAAGCCCCUGAAAGUUUCCGUGGAAAUAUGCUGAACUCCUACGGUGGAUAUCUUCACUAUUAUGUUUAUUAUGUUCCAACUGAUCAAGGUGCACCUGUUCCUGUUGCUGAUGUUGCCAUCGAAGGAAAUGGAUUGAAAGUGGAAUAUUAUUCAAGAAUCGAUUUCUUGCCUCGAGAAAACAUGACUGUUUCAAUUUCAAUGAGAGAAGGAAGUGGAUGGUAUAACAGUGCAACUCGACAACCUGUUGAUAAAGCGGAUUUGAUGCGUGUUCUUGCGCACGUUGAUAAAUUCUUAGUUCGAGCGAUGUAUCAACAAAUGCAACUUCAAUCUAGUAUUUUUGGUUUGAGCUUGGAUACUGCUCAAGAUCCAGGAGAAGUUGAAGAAGUUGAAGUCACAGAUAACAGUGUUCAAUCGCUACUUGUCAAACAAGAUACAUUGAUGCGCGGUGUUGAAAUUUGUGAAUGCCCCGAAAACCUAGCUGGAAAUAGUUGUGAAUCGUGUGUUAGCGGAUAUCGUCGCGUUAAUGAUCAACUUUAUGGUGGAAGAUGUGAAAAAUGUAAUUGCGAAGAUCAUUCUGGUUAGUUAUUGAGAGAUUAAAAAAAUAAUUAAUUUUCCGAUUUUUAGAUGAAUGUGAUCCUUAUACCGGUGAAUGCCUUAACUGUCAACACAAUACCACUGGCUCAAGAUGUGAAAAAUGUCUCCCCGGAUAUUAUGGAAAUCCAUCACUUGGUGGAGAACUCGGUGCUUGUUGGCCUUGCGAAUGCCCAAGUCUGGACAACAAUAGAUCGCCCGAAUGUAUGAUGACUGAAUUGGUUGUUUCCGGAGCCGCAGCUGCAAAUGAAGAUGAUUAUGUCUGCACAGCGUGUCAAACCGGUUAUGAAGGAAAUAAAUGUGAAGUCUGUUCAGAUGGUUACUUCGGUGAUCCAUUAGGAGAAAACGGAACAUGUGUAGAAUGCCAAUGUAAUGGAAAUAUUGAUCUGAUGGAUAUUGGUAAUUGUGAUACAUCAACUGGAGAAUGUCUAAAAUGUAUUGGACAUACAACUGGAGAACAUUGUGAAGUUUGCAAAGAAAAUCAUUGGGGAAAUGCGUUGAGCCAUACGUGUAAACCUUGCGGUUGUCAUCCACAAGGUUCAAAUAGCUCACAAUGUUCGGAUAUUGAUGGAUCUUGUGAAUGCUUGGAAUUCUACAUUGGUAAACAAUGUGAUCGAUGUGUUGACAAUCACGGAGAUGUUGAAAACGGAUGUCCUGCUUGCGAAUGUGAUAUUGUUGGAUCUAUUGGAACUGACUGUGAUCAAGUAAGUGGUCAAUGCAAUUGUAAGCAAGGUGUAUUUGGAAAACGAUGUGAUCAAUGCCGACCAAGUUAUUUCAAUUUUACUGACGCUGGUUGUCAAUUUUGUCAUUGCAAUAUUUAUGGAGCUAUUGAAGAUGGCAAAUGUGAUAAUGUUACUGGAAAAUGUGAAUGCCGCGAGAAUGUGGAAGGAACAAUGUGCGAAAAAUGCGCCGAAGGAUUUUUCAACAUCACAAGUGGAGAUGGUUGUGAAGAAUGUGAUUGUGAUACAACCGGAUCAGAAGGAACCGCAUGUAAUCUUGUAACUGGUCAAUGCGUUUGUAAGCCAGGUGUGACUGGGUUAAAAUGCGAUCAAUGUCUACCGAAUCACUAUGGAUUAUCUGAUGAAGGUUGUACUGAAUGUGAACCAUGUCCAGCAGCUGGUCAAGUGUGUGAUCCUGUUGAUGGAUCAUGUGUAUGUCCACCAAACACAGUUGGAGAAAUGUGUGAAAACUGUACAGAAAACUCUUGGGAUUAUCAUCCUCUCAAAGGUUGUAAGAUCUGUAACUGUAGUGAUAUUGGAAGUGAUGGUGGAAUGUGUAAUACAUUAACCGGACAGUGUAAAUGUAAAAAUGAAUACGUUGGAUUGAAAUGUGAUCAUUGUACACAUGGCUUCUUCAAAUUCCCAACUUGUGAACCAUGCGGUUGUGAUCCAGCUGGAACAGAUCCGAACGCGUGUAAAGAUGGACAAUGUUUGUGUGAUGAAACUGGAAAAUGUCCAUGCAAAGUGAGUAAUUUAUCGCGUCGACUUAAACUUCAAUUCUUGAUUAUUUCAGAAAAAUGCGAUCGGUGACAAAUGCGACAAAUGUAUCGAAGGAACUUUCAGCCUAGAUAUUCAUAAUAUCAAAGGUUGCACCGAAUGUUUCUGCUUCAAUAAAACCAGCGAAUGUCAACAAGCUGAUCUGGUUUGGCAGCAAAUGUAUGCCGAAGAUCGUCGUGCUACAUUCCAAGAGCCUUGGGAAUUCUAUACCAAGAAACAUAACAUCAAUCUUCUUCGUGCUACACCAAGUCAUUUUAACAGUUAUCCAACAGAUGCGACGCCACUUUAUUGGCCAUUACCAUCUUCAAUGUUGGGAGAUCGAACCACAAGUUAUAAUGGAUUUUUGAGAUUCAAAAUUUGGAACGAGGAUAAUCGAAGAGGAUUACACGGCGUGAGACCAGACAAUCAAUAUUUCCGAUAUUUCCCGCAAGUUGUGAUCGUUGGAAACAAUCGAAUCGAGUUAGAACAUAUGCCAUUCGAUAUAAAUGAUGAUGGAAUUUAUAAAAUUAGAAUUCAUGAAAAUGAAUGGAGAGCUCGACAUUCGCCAGAACUUAAAUUGACUCGAAAACAACUAAUGAUUGCGUUGCAAAAUGUGCAAGGAAUUUAUAUCCGAGGAAGUUAUAACUAUCCAGCAAGAGGUGAUGCGAUCAAUUUACAAGAAGUAUCAUUAGAUGUUGCUGUUCCUGAGAGCACUAUCAUCGCAGGACUUUCUACCACAAAAGCUGUGGGCGUUGAAAAAUGUGGAACUUGUCCUCAAGGAUAUUCCGGAUUAUCUUGUCAAAAUCCUGACGAAGGAUAUUGCCGAAAACGUCAUCGAGACUAUCUCAAUGAGCCUGAUGAUUUAGCUCUGUUGGGAUAUGCUUCACCAUGUUCUUGUCACGGUCAUUCUCAAACUUGUCACCCUGAUACUUGCGUCUGCCAAGAUUGUGAACACAACACUCACGGAGAUGCUUGUGAAAAAUGUCAAGGAGGUUAUAUUGGUGAUGCUCGGGAAGGUGGGGCCAAUGCUUGCACAAAAUGCGCCUGCCCAUUGUUGAACAACACAUUCAGUGAUUCUUGUCAAGCUGUUGAUUAUGGUCGUGGAUAUGUUUGCGAUGCUUGUAAGAUCGGAUAUACUGGACAAUAUUGCGAGACAUGUGCUGCUGGAUAUUUUGGAGAUCCACAACACGUUGGUGGAACUUGCGCGCCUUGUGAAUGUCAUCCAGAUGGAAGUUUGCACAAUUCUUGUAAUCCAUUGACUGGAGAAUGUGAAUGUAAACCUGGAGUAACUGGAAGAACUUGUUCGAUGUGUCAAGAAAGACAUGCAUUCAUUAAUCGAGUUUGUACUUGUAAGUUAUUUUCCCAAAAAUUAUGGAAAAAACUAAUUUUUUAAAUUUUCAGCUUGUGAUCAAGGAUGUUAUUUGCCACUUAUGCAAACUGUCGACGAAAUGGAAGAACAUUUGGCUCUUCAAAACUUCAGUAAUCUCAAACCUAUUCCAUGGAAACGUGUUUAUAGAAUCGGAAAUGAAACACUUGAUCUUUCUAACUUUGUUGGAACUCUUGGAAAAGAUGAGCUUGUUAGUGAAGAAUCCAAAUGGACCAAAGAAGCUUUUAGUGUGAUGGAUGAAGUUCAAUUCCAAGUUGGAAGAGCUAACAAAUCCGACAUCUCUAUAGUUCAAUUUACAAACAUUGCUGAAAAUCUGAUAGCACAAGCUCAACUUCACUACGCCAAUGCUUUCAACACCACAAAUUUCCUCAAUAUGUUCACCGAUCAUGGAGCUACAACAGUUGGUGGAGCUGCUCUUGAUGGAAUGUUGAUGGAAGCUGAGGCUCAUUAUAAUGCAACUCUUGAUAGAGGAGAAUAUAUUGAGAAAAGAUUUAACCGCGCGGAAGAGGAGCACAAAAAAGCCGAAGAACUUUUGAAGAGUGUAUUCAAUAAAAAAUUGAAUGAAACAAUCUUCGAAGAUUUGCAACAUCGAAUUGAUGUUUUCGAGGGAUGGUUGAAUGAUUAUCGUGAGACAAUUUAUGAAGAUGCUAAGAAACAAACAGUUGAUGCUGAACGAAUCAGUACUGUAGUCACAAAAAGACUUGACAGAUAUAAGGAAGUAUCAAAUGAGAUUGAAAAACUUCGAGUUGAAGCAGAGGAUCAAUUAGCAAGUGCAAGAAAUUCUGUAGAGAAAGCAAAAGCCGAAGAAUUGAUGAAUAUGUUUGAUGAUAGACAGAAAAUUAAUUCAACACUUUUGGAAAUUCCGGAAAAAGUUGAAGAAUGUCAGAACAUUACACUUUUAUAUUCUCAACUAAUUGAUGAAUAUGACGAAGAAUAUGUUAAGAAAUCAGCAGAUCAUGCAAAACAACUAGCAAUCAAUGCAAAAGCAAUUGGGGAUAGUUUUACUGGAACUCGACUUGCAGCUGAAAAUCCGCUCAAAGCAGCACAUGCCUACGAUGAAAUUGUCGAAGCAUUGAAGAAUGCAACUGCCGCUGCUAAUGGAGCAGUAGCUGCUAGCGAAGCCAGUUUGGAAGAGAAAAAUUUGAUCGACGAGGUUACUGAAGUUUCUAAUAGUUCGAAUUUAAUUGCUGAAGAUGCGAAACUAUCUGCAAAACUUUGGCAAGAUGAAGACUUUGAGGGACAGAAAAAAGAUUUGACAGAAAGAUUGGCAUAUGUUAACGAGCAGAAAAUUGAUAUGAUUAAGAGAUUAGGAGUUAUUAAAAGUAAGUUUCGAAUUUUUUAAAUCUGUAAUUUUCUCGAUUUUCAGACGAAGCUUCAACGUGGGAUGACAAACACGAUCGAAUGCAUUCAAUUCUUACAAAUGGUGCGAGAACUGCUCAUGAAAGAUCAGCUAAUGUUAAAAAAGAAGCCGAGUCGAUUCGCGAUCAAGUAGCUGAAAUUGCUCUAGAAACUGAGAAACUUGUCAACAGCACUUCAAGUGGAAUUCGUGAAGAAAUCGACAAAAUCAAAGAAGCUCGAAGUCUUCUUGAAUAUGGAAAAGAUCGAUUGACUAAAGUUGACUUUGCCUCGUUGGCGAAUAAUCAGCGAGCUGAAGAAUUGGCAAAAAGCAUUGCAAUGCUUCGUGAUAAGAUUGAGCAAGCAAAAGAGAAAGCUAAUCAAAUUCGUCUGGCUCUCGAUUCUGGAUCACGAGGUCUUUGUAAAAGAUCAUUCAUUUCACCAGCUUCACCAUCUCCAAUCAAUAACUUCCAUAUCACAUAUCGCCCAUUACAAGGUGUUGAUGAUUCGACAAUUCUUGUCACCAAGACUAAAAAUCGUAGAACUCAACCAACUGAAUAUAUUGGUGUUGAAGUCAAAGGAAAAAGAAUUGUUGUUCAUUGGAAUGUUGGAAAUGGAAAGAAAAUGGUUACAAAUAGCCAUCCGAUCAAUUUUAUUCCUUGGAAUGACCGUGCUUCUUGGUAUCACAUCGAUGUUCAACGAACUGGCGAUGCUGUUAAUCUCACAGUUGCGUUGAAAGAAAGUAUUGAUGGUGGAUAUAGAAAUCGAGGAAAUGGUGUGAGUGUUAUUGUUGGGGAUCAAUUCGCAGAAGGUGGUUUGGUAUUCAAUACAGUUCCUGGAGAAACAAAAAUUGAUGUGGGAGUUGAUGAAGAAGUUGCAAAAGAAAUUGGUUUAACUACAAAUCAAUUCCAUGGAUCAAUUGGUGAAUUAGUAAUCGAUAAUAGUAAAUUGGCACUUUGGGCAUUCGACAAAACGACAGAACAAUGUGAAGGAGCAAAUGCGCCUCCGCGAGCUGUUCAACGUGGUCAUCAUUUCCGUGAUGGAUUUGCAAAUAUAACAAUGCCGAUUAUCGAACGAACAAUGUCUGCGAUUACUGUAGUUUUCAACACAUAUUCUCCAAAUGGUCUUUUAUAUUUCCGAGGAAGUGAAGGAUCAGGAGAUCAUUUGGCUUUACAUAUCAAAGAUGGUCGAAUAGUAUUCAAUAUGGAUCUAGGUUCGGGAACAGCUGAAGUUAUUUCACAGAAUAUUUACAACGAUGGAAAAGAGCAUACAGUAAAAGCAAUCAGAACUGGAACUGAAAUGUAUCUUCAAGUUGACAGUGAUGCUGAUAGAUUUAACACAGUGAUUCGUGGUGAAGCGACAGCACUCAACAUUGACAACGAUCAUCAUUUCGUCGCCGGAGUUCCAGCGACUUUGCGUCGCGCCAAAUUCGCCGCAAAUAUUCAAUGGAGUGGUUUUGUUGGUUGUAUAUUGCUAGUCAAACCAUCGCAGAUUGGUGAACUCGAUUUGGAUCAUUCUGAACAUUCGCAACGUCGCGAGAUUGGUUGCGUAUUCGAUGGUGCUGAACAUUACUUGCCAACAGAGAGAAUCAUCGGAUUCCCCAAAGCUGGAUUUUUAGUGACCAAAGGAAUCGAAAUCUCCAACAAUGCCAGUGUUGCAUUCUCAUUCAGAACACGCGAAGAAAAUGGAACAAUUCUAUAUCAAUCCUCAAAAAUGUCGAAAACUCCGGACGAAGAAAAGAAUCAUGGAUAUAUCGCUUUCUAUUUAUAUCGCGGAUAUUUGGUUCUUCAUUUUGGCAAAGAUCCAAGUUCAAGAAAAGAAGUAGUCACUUUCCGAUCAACACAGCCUUAUAAUGAUGGCCAACCACAUUCAGUGUUUAUGACAAGAUCAGCAAAAUCGUAAGUACACUAAAUUUAUUAUCAGAAACAAAAAACCAAUAUCUUUUUCCAGAAUCAAACUGAAAGUCGAUGACAAAAAUGUUGGCGAAACUCAAACACUUUCUGAUGAAUCAAUAAUCUCCAGCUCAACUUUGACUCUGGGAGGAUUCACCGAUUCCCUGAAACCACUUAAUGAAGAGAUUCCAAUCACAUCUUCAUUUGUCGGAUGUAUUUCAGAUAUAUAUGUUAACAUGAAACCACUUAAUAUCAUCCCAAUUGAGCACAAUGCUCAAAUAGGAAUAUGUCAGUUGGAUCCAGCUAGUCAAAUAUUCACCCCACUUGAUGAUCCAAUUCUCGAUUCCGAAGGUCACAAAGGACAUCGAAAAGCUUCAAAAAUCAGUCUAGAUCAAUCAACACAUCGAAAUUAUUAUAACAUUGACAGUAAUACCAGUCCAACGUGCGGUGCUAAAUCAUCAAUUGCUUAUGUUAAUGUAGAUGGAAGUGUUCGUUUUGGUAUCAGUAAAUCAAGUCACAGUCGAGUUAACUUCCAAGCGCCAUAUCCCAAUGUUACACAGUAAGUAUAAAAAAACAUUCGCAAAUAAAUGAAAACUUUUCAGCUUAUCCAUCACAUUGUCUUUGAGAACUGAUGAAUCAAACGGAAUGAUUUGGGCAUGGGCAAACUAUAAAAAUUACACAAGAUACAUCUUCUUCAAUAUUAUUGAUGGUUAUGCUACUCUCGAAGUUAAAGGACACAAACAACCAAAAAUUUUGAAACAUCUCGGAAGACGACUUAAUGAUGGUCAAUGGCACGAUAUUCAAAUCGUAAAAUCGGAUAAAUCCCUGAAAUUGUGGGUUGAUGAAAUCAAGGAUCCUGUUGAGAUGUCAGAUUGUCCAACUCCAAAAGUAAUGCGUCGAAGAAUGUAUGUUGGUGGUGUCAUUUCAAAACAUCGCUCACAAUUCGGUCUAGAAACCGGUGGUUUCGAUGGUUGUAUCAGAGACUUCAAGAUCAAUUCAAGACCAUAUUCUUUGGGAGGAGCUGAUCAUUCUCGAGAUGUUGUUCCAUGUUCAAAACCAAUCAAAGGAAUGUAUGUUCACACAGCUGGAUUUGCAGUCUUCGAAACAAAAACUAAAGCCAUUGAUGAGAAUCUAGACAUCUCUGUUCAGUUCAGACCAACUGCUGAUGAUGGUUUGAUUCUUGCUUUAGUUUCAAAUUCAAAUGCUGAUGGAGCGAGAUUGACAAUAGAAUUGAAAAAUGAGAAACUUUUAGUAACUCUGAUUCAUGGUCAAAUCGAAAUCAGAGAUGCGCUUCCAGCUCUCAAACCAAUGUGUGAUUCAGAAUGGCAUAGUAUUCAAGUUACUUUGGAUAAGACUAGCAAGAUUCUAAUAAUUAUUCUUGACGAAGAACGCAACGAAAUCCCAGCAGAUCUCUCAGAUUCUGCUCUCGACUUACUAAUGAAUUUACCACUUAACAUUGGAGGAGUCUCUGGUCCUGUGGCCGAGAAAAUCUCAACCUCAAGUCUAACUGGAUGUUAUCGUCAUCUUCACAUCGGAACAAUUCAAAAACCAUUCGAGAAAGCUGCGAAACUCAACAAAGUUCUUGUUGAUUCAUGUCCCAUCUAA